GGGGCCGCGCGGUGCCCGCAGAAGGGCGCGGGGGCGCCGGGCGGCUGAGUCGGGCCGGGCCGCAGUGACUCAUUGAGGCGCCGCAGCGCGUCACGUGCCUCGUUAAUUUCGGUCGUACCGUGCGUGCGUUAAUGAGAGCCGGUGUCCUGGCGGUACGCGGAUUGCCGUGGAGCGGCAAUGUGCUGCUUCGAGAGCCAGUAGAAAUAGAUAUGAUUGUAGGGAAGGAUCGGGAGGGUUUCUUCACCAAUGGCCUGACCCUCGGUGCAAAGAAGUGCUCUGUGAUCAGAGACAGCCUCUACGUGGAUGGGGACUGCACAAUGGACAUCCGGACGAAGAGCCAAGGCGGGGAGCCGACGUACAAUGUGGCCGUAGGCAGAGCUGGGCGAGUCUUGGUCUUUGUAAUGGGCAAAGAAGGGGUCCAUGGAGGCGGAUUGAAUAAGAAGGCAUACUCAAUGGCAAAAUACUUGAGAGACUCUGGGUUCUAGUUGCUAGGCAGACUGUUAAGUAUUAGGGGAAGAUUGCUAUUAAACUUUCCUGGCGGUGAGCUUUAAACCUUACAUUCUGGAAACUUUAUUAGCAAUGCAGGGUGAUGGGGUAUGAACCUGUGUCUCCUUUGUAUCCCUUUGUUGGUGGGGAAAGGUGUUAUUAUUUUUUUUUUCUUUAAUUCUGUUCAUUUCUGUUUUGUUUCCUUGUGUACUCCAGCAUUGGUUAUAGUCAUGGGAAAGGAAGGUGUCCAUGGAGGGACACUCAACAAGAAAGCAUAUGAACUGGCUUUAUACCUGAGGAGGUCUGACGUCUAAGCAGCCUCUCCCCAUCCACCUAGCAACUGUCUUCAUCACCACCCAAUUGUGCUCAGUGCUACCAGACUGUAGAUGGUAGUUUGUGUUUUUUAUUUACCCAUUUUCUAAUGUCGUAAUUCCAGUUACCCUUUGUUCAUUUGUAUGUUAACCACUGUGUGUAACCGAGUCCCAUAUCUGGCACCACUGCUGCACCACAAAGAUGAUAUGCAUGAUACCUUGAAAAACUCUUGGGAGCGGAAUACGCCAAGCAUAGGCUUUGCUUUGUCUUAGCAAUUAGUGUGUACUGAGAACUAAAACAACUCCGUAAAUACUAAACAAGGUGCCGAUUGUACAAUCUAAUUUGAUCAAUGCCUCUUCAGCACUUUGAGCAAUUACACAGCUCACAGGUCUUCCUUUCACAGAGCAUGUUUGGGAGGAAAAAGUGCAUGCAUAUCUUCUGUUUUUCUCGUGGUGAUUUUUUGUUGUGUUUUUUAAUCCACGUUUGCUUACACCUAUUUUAUAGUGCCUGGUUUGUUUAACCAAUUUGCCACUCAGAAGCUAUUAAUGUUAAAUUAGUUUUGUUGUUGCACUUUGCUAUAGGCUUGUCUUUGAUUUUUUUUUUUUUUUUUCAUGUCUGAAGCUUGUACUGCUCGUUAAGUGCAAUCACAAAACUAUCAAAGGGUACAGAUGCACUUCCUCCCAUGACCUUACAGCCACCAUCCCGAGUGACUCCCCGGGGACAUUCCAUCAUUGCAAUAGCUCAGGCACUUUUUUUUUUUUUUUUUUUUUGCCAGCUCCCGUUCUGUAGUUGAACUAUAAAAGGCUGCCAUUAUGGACAUCAGAUAUCCCAACAUAACCAUCUGGAGUGUGUCUGGUUUCAGUUUUUCAUAGGACCAAUUUUAAGUUGCAGCUUGGGGUUGUGGGUUGGUGGUUCUGUUUUUAUACAAAACUGCAAUGUCAUGGUGGAGAACUGCCGCCUUCAGCUCUUGUGGCAGCGCUGACCAACUCCGGUCUUUCUGCCAGAUCACUUGCUGGGUACAGAGUCUCGCUGCUCCAAAGCUGCUGUGUGGAUGAAGGCUGGUAGUUUGAAAGCUAACCUGUCAAAAUGAUGCCAUUUCAAAUUUAAAGCCCUCAUUUGGCCUGUCACACCCUUGCUGCAGAAAUCAUGGAGUGAACUGCCUUGUGCGCCCAUCAUCUGACAUGUGUGUAACCAAACGAUCCCUUCAGGCACAGUACUAACUUGUAUGUCCAUUUAAAAAGAACUGCAGAACUCUGUAUACAAAAGAAUAAAUGGGAGAAGGUAUUGGUUGGAAUAACUGACUUGGCUGUCUUGUGAUGAAUUUUUUUUAAUAUGUAUUCUGUGCCAUACUUAUUGUUUAAAAAAAAAACUGAACUGUUGCUAUUGUGAGAUGGAUUUUAACUGAGUACGAGGGUUUCUUUUGAAUGGCACUACUUUAGGGACAUCCUAGUAUUCGCUUCUGUUGUUGGGCCUUGUGGAUAAUGUACAGAUUUAAACGAAUUCUUGUUGCUGAUUUGUCCAUUUCUUUCCCUGCACUUUGUUACAUCUGGGAUACAGUCUAACUCAUCUGAUUUAAUAUGCAUUUCAAAAAAUGCCAUAACUAUUAAAAACACCUUGUUUACAGACAGAUGAAAUAAAUUUAUUCCAACCAAACAAAA